CCGAGAGAAAGAGGAAAGCAAACUCUUUGAUUGAAGGGUAUUAUGUUAAAUCUAAGGGGACCAAGAACCCAGGAGGGAUCCGUUUCUGAUGGGUUGUCUUCUUCCUCCUCCUCGACUUCUGCCGCUAACAAGAAGAAAUGGUCCAAGUUGAUGCCUCUCUUUGUGGCUCUUGUGGUUGUAGCAGAGAUUGCUUUGCUGGGUCGACUUGAUAUGGCCAAAAACACUGCUUUCUUUGAUUCAUGGCCCGAUUUAUUCUAUAAAACACCGCCCUUAGCUGGUGAUUUGGGUGUUCGACAGAUGGAUAACCGCCGGCAGUCUUCUCCAGAGCGCUGCGAGGAGUGGUUGGAGAGAGCGGAUUCCGUGGUUUAUUCAAGAGAUUUUAACAAGGAUCCUAUCAUUAUUUCUGGUGGUGACCAGGAGUGGAGAACUUGUCCAGUUGGUUGCAAGUUUGUUUAUAAUCCUGAUAAGGAUCCUGAUGCUGCCUUUGCUUUGCAACAACAACUUGGAGUAGCUAGCAUUCUGCGUUCUAUGGAGUCAUCCCAAUACUAUUCAGAGAAUAAUAUUGAUCAGGCACGACGGAGUGGAUUUAAUAUUGUAAUGACGACUAGCCUCUCUUCAGAUGUUCCUGUUGGAUAUUUUUCCUGGGCUGAGUAUGAUAUCAUGGCACCAGUGCAGCAAAAGACUGAGAGUGCCCUGGCAGCAGCUUUCAUUUCUAAUUGUGGUGCUCGCAACUUUCGUUUGCAGGCUCUUCUUGAGCUUGAAAAGGCUAAUAUCACGAUAGAUUCUUAUGGUGCAUGCCAUAGAAACCGUAAUGGAGGAGUGGACAAAGUUGAAGCAUUAAGACGUUAUAAGUUUAGCCUGGCUUUUGAGAACUCCAAUGAGGAGGAUUAUGUUACUGAAAAGUUUUUCCAGUCCCUUGUUGCAGGAUCCAUACCAGUUGUUGUUGGUGCCCCAAACAUUGAAGAUUUUGCUCCUUACCCUGGAUCAAUUUUACAUAUUAGGGAAUUGGCAGAUGUUCCAUCAGUUGUGAAGAGAAUGAAGUACCUGGCUGAAAAUCCUGAUGCAUACAAUCAAUCUUUAAGGUGGAAGUAUGAGGGGCCAUCUGAUUCUUUUAAAGCCCUGGUGGAUAUGUCAGCUGUGCACUCGUCGUGCCGGCUUUGCAUUUUCCUGGCAACCAUGGCCCAGGAGAAAGAAGAAAAUAGACCUGAUUUCAAAAAACGCCCCUGCAAGUGCACUAGUGGCCUGGAAACUGUGUAUCAUAUAUAUGUAAGAGAAAGAGGGAGGUUUAAGAUGGAUUCUGUCUUUUUAAGGUCUGGGAGUUUGACUCUGGAGGCCUUAGAGUCUGCAGUGUUGGCUAAAUACGAGUCUCUGAAACAUGUGCCUGUUUGGAAGGAGGAAAGGCCUGAAAGCAUCAGAGGUAGGGAUGAACUUAAGAUAUACAGAAUAUAUCCUGUUGGCUUGACCCAAAGACAAGCAUUGUAUACCUUCAAAUUCAAAGGGGACGCUCAUUUUAGGAAUCACAUUGAAAGCAAGCCAUGUGCAAAGUUUGAGGUCAUAUUUGUCUAGAUAUAAGAUACCAGUCUCUCGACUUUUAGCAAGGUGCAGUGCCGUUUCAGCAUCUUCUUCUGAACUAUUUGCAGAGAGAUUGAGUUGUUUUGAAAUGGGUUAGUUGGUUCUGUUAGAUCCUCAUUAUUAUACAAUGAUUUUCCACUAAUGAUGAACUGCUAGAUAUUAGGGAAGAAGCUGCUUCAAAUACAGACGACAUGAUGGGUGACUUCUGUAAGCCCACCAAGCAUCUAGUACUGGCUCGCUGACACAUUGUAUAUAUUUGCUUGUUCAUGAAAGGUUUACUAUGUGUUGUGCCUCAUCCUUUAGACAAGAUAAGUGAUCUGAGAAUUAUUAAGAAAUAAAGAAGAUAAGACAGACCUUCAGAAUUAUUUAAACUCAGGUUAGGGAAAGAGGAAUUAAAAAACACUUGUUCACGGGGCUUAAUUAAGCCCUUGAAACCCCAGGCCCCAUUAUGUAUAAGACCAAUUCUAUUUUUCAUCUGUGUAUUUUGUAUUCAAAAAAAGGUGUUGUGCAAUUUGGGUUGUGUAACAAAAACACUAGAUGGAGGGCAAGUCUCUUAAUAGAGGAAUAUCUCCCAU